AUGGUUUUAGGUGAUUUCCGUAGAUUUGAUGUAUAUUCAAAGCCUUUGGAAGACUUUAGGGUCAAAACAUCGUUUGGAGGCUUGGGUGAGUUGGAGGUUUUGUUAAUUGCUUUUCGAUUAUAGGCUGUUAAAAUUGCAAGCAAUGAAUUAAAGAUGUAAAAAUGAAUGAAUAAUGUUAUAAAAGAAGCCAUGUUUAAAAAUUGAUGUUUAACUUUAGUUAUUUCGAUUUCAUCACACUAUAUCGGAUUAUAACAUUGAUAACAAAAUUUGCCUAUUUUUAACCCAAAGGCUUUACGUUCUGCUUUGAGUUAUAUAUCAAUCGAAAGUAGAUUAAAAAUACUUUCUAACGAUUUGCUGAACAGAGUUUUGAAUUAUGAUUAAACUUCAAAAUAUUAAUAUUUAGGUAACACAUUUUAUUUUUAGUGUCACUAGUUAGUUUCGCUGUGAUAUUCCUGUUGUUCCUCAGCGAAACGUUGUCGUACUUUGCAGUAAAAAUAGCAGAAGAGCUUUAUGUUGAUUCUACAAGUGCAGAUCUUCGAGUAGAUAUCCAUUUUGAUAUUACUUUUCCCAAACUACCAUGUGCCUUCCUGACGAUAGAUGUUAUGGAUGUUGGUGGAGCGAACCAGCAUGAUGUUAAAGACGACAUUUUUAAACUACGGAUAGAUAAGGACGGGUAUAACAUUACUGGUGCUGCUCCUAUCAAACAGGGUAAGGAAUUCUUUGUUUUUGUAGGCUUAUUCAAUAUUAUACUUGAGUUUUAAUGGUUUUAGCUAUUUUUGGGUAUAUUUUAGUGAAUUUUCAAAGUAUACAGAAACUUUUUAAAAAUAUAUGUACUAAAUUAUUUAUUUUAGGUAUAAAUGUUAAUGGGACAAAAGAAACAGGUGUGGCAACAAAGGAACCCUUAUGUGGAAGUUGUUAUGGCGCGGCUGAUGGGUAUGUUAAUUUUUUCUUUUUAUUUUGAAGUUUUAGGUGCUGUAACACAUGUGAAGAUGUCAAACAAGCCUAUGAAGUUAGGGGAUGGACUAUCGAAGAUAUCACGACGAUAGAGCAAUGUAAAAACGAUGAAUUUGUUCAAGAAAUGAGGAAACACAAAGAUGAAGGGUGUAGGAUAUAUGGGCAUGUGGAUGUGGCUAAGGUAUGAUUUUUGUUACUUUUUUAUGUGUUUAGAGACAUAUGUGGACUGUUUGGUUUAUUUUUGUUGUUUUAGGUUGAAGGAAACUUUCAUAUCGCUCCAGGCGCUUCUGUUUCAGCUCAUCGGACUCAUUGUAAGCCUAUUUUUCUUACUUUUACCUUGGUUUUUAGAUAAAUUAAAACAAAUAGCUAAAAACAACGUUUUUCAGUCCAUGAUCUUCACUCAAUGUCAGCCGGCUCCUUUGACACAACCCACAAGAUCAACAAUUUGUCAUUUGGCAAGCCAUAUCCAGGCAAACAUUACCCACUGAACGGCCUGACAUUUCAAAGUCAUAAAGGUGGAAUAAUGCACCAGUACUUUGUCAAAGUGGUACCAACAAUGUUUGUAUAUGGAGUGACAAAUCCAGGCAUCGAAGAGUACAGUUAUCAGUUCAGUGUAACAAGAAAUGUCAAGGAUAUCACAGCUGGACAGUCUGGUCUGCCUGGAUUGUUUGUUCAAUAUUCUUUUUCGCCUUUAAUGGUCAAGUAUGAGGAGAGGAAACAGUAGGUUUAUCUUAAUUUUUGGGGUGCGCAUGGGGUUUUUUAAGGAAUGGGGGUGGAUUUUUGAAAAACUUAAAAUUUGUUUUUAAAAUUUGAAAUUCGGCUAAAACAGCCAUUACCCACAAACUAAUACCCAAAACCUGAUCCCUUCAGAGCCCUGUCCCAAUUCUUGGUAUCUUUAUGUGCAAUUAUCGGCGGUGUGUAUACGGUGGCGUCUCUGGUCGAUUCGCUUAUUUAUUCAUCAACUCGGGUGCUCAGGAAAAUGACCUAA